GGCGCUGUGCUAUGAGCUCGACGUGCUGCGACGCACAACUCCUCGUAUCCAGCCAUCGUAGCAGCAGCAGCAACUUGGUCCUGAAUGCCCCCUGUCCACCGCAGUGUGCACUACCCCCUCAGCAUCACGGACCCGCUCGAUCAGCACAACGAUACCCCAUCCUCUCGUCCCUCUUCGCGAGAACUCACGCCUUCACGCUCCAUUCGCUUGUUUAGUCCUACCUUCAUUCGACGCGGGCGUGGGCGUAGCUGCAUGAUUCGCACCUUUCCCGGCAGCGUUUACGGGCUGCCACCUUUCCCUUCUUGCGUUGCUCUCGCGCUCCCUCUGCUUUGCCCCGCUUCCUUCUCUCUCCUAGUUCUCGCUCGUUCGCAUGUGCGUCCUCCUGCGUCCAGCUGCGUGAAGCGUGAAGCGACGAAGCGCCCAAAGCGAAGCGCCUUCCUUCAGCGACCGAUUCACUUUAAUUCGGCUGCUCAGUACACCCUCCCCGGCUAGCUGGCGGCUCAACGCCUGGGGCGGCAAGAGAGUGGUGUGCGAGAGUGGGCGUGAGAGAGGUGCAUUGCUGCAUUCGAGUCGAGUGGUCUGGAUGAGAACGCGACACCUUCUCGUCAUCCAUCCGUAUCCUCUCACCCCUAUCGUGCAUU